AUGAAGGCCGCUUUCCUCAGUUCCUUCACGUUGGAGCCACUACUGCACACUGGUUGUGACCGAAAGGAACUGCAUAGUACCCAGAAUAGAUUGGCGUUACCUGCUUUGUACGGUAAGCGGAGUCCGGGACGCCUCGCGCGUAGGACUCUGCACAGCGUGCUCGAUGCGGACGUGAAAGCGCAGCGCUCUGGCCCGAGAAAGCCCAAUAAUGGAGACACUUCUGACUUGGAGCAACCACAGUCUGCUUCUGCAUUGUUUGUUUCCGAGAUUGUGAAGAUCGCUGGUCCAGACAGAGGCAUUUUUGCGCUUAACGAGUUCGAACGCGACGCCAUCGCAUCGCAGCUGGCCCGGCUCGAGAAGAAGAAUCCCACCAAGGCCCCGCUGUGCGAAUUGGAGUCGAAGCUCUUGGGCACAUGGCGCCUUGUGUAUACUGACCGAAUGAUUCUGGGUCGGAGAAGGGCGCUUCUGUACCUAACGUCGAGCGCGAAGCCAGGCCUGGUGCACCUCGGAGAGGUGACGCAGCAAAUACACGCUCCGGAAAAAGUACCUGCGCAGUUCCAUGGAGCGCACGUAAGUGAAACUGGUAGAGCAGAGAACCGUGUAGAAUUUCGGGUAUUCGGGGGUAUUGACGGUGUCUACACCGUACAGGCUUUCUACGGGGCAGACGUGUCGAACUCGGCGCGGGUUUGGAUCCAGGGCAUCUCGUCUUCGUUGCAGCCAGCAAAUUUCGUGUCCAUAAUGAAUGAGCAGCGCCAGCAGGUGCUGAAAGAGCUCUUCGAUCCCACCGGAUAUUUAGAUGUUACUUUUCUGGACGACGUCUACCGAGUUACUCGCGAUGAGAAGGGUUUCGUGUAUUUGUGGGAACGAAUAUCGACAGCCUAG